AUGCAGAAAGACAUUAAUCAUGUUUUUUUGCCGGAGCACAGAGGACGUAGUGGGAAGUGGGCAGCGGAUAAUCCAGGCGGAAAAAGGUUGGAGAGUACUGCGAAAGAUCUUGAAGAAUCUUACGUAGACAAGAGUAUUGAGGCAGUUAAAGAAGGUAGCGAAAAAAGUGAAGACGACGAGUUGGAGAGUACUGCGAAAGAUCUUGAAGAAUCUAACGUAGACAAGAGUAUUGACGCUCCUCAGAUAAAGUUUUUGAGUCCCAAGGUCUUUAAGGCAACGCCGGAAGAUGACGCCUUCGACUGGCUUGAGCGUUACGAGUCAACGGGAGCGUACAAUCAAUGGGGCGAUACGGAGCUAAGGGCGAAUUUCAGCAUGUAUCUGGAUGGAGCGGCAAGAAAAUGGUACCUGUGCUCCACACUUCCGACGGAGUGGCGUGAUUUACCCAUACGACCGGGGGUUGGCCUCAACGCAGCUGAUCUUCCGGCAAGAGGGCCGUUGGGUCCUCCCGCGCCAAUCAACAUCGUGUCCCAGCUAGCCGAGACGACUGCAGAUUCAUCAACACAGGAGGAGAUAAAAGAGCAACCUAUCCUUAGAGUAGAUUUCAGCAAGCUGAUCAGAGAAGAAGUCACUUGUGGAACACGGCAAGUAAUGGCAGUCGUCGACACACAGGGGCAGCACUGA